GCUCCUGGGCUGGCUGCGGCGGCGGCAGCCCCAGUGCUGCCCCUGUGCGGCGCCCCUUCCCCGCUCCGCCGCGCACUGUUGUCAUGGAGGAACCAAGAUGGCGGCUCUGGCCUACAACCUGGGCAAGCGAGAGAUCAACCACUACUUCAGCGUGAGGAGCGCCAAGGUGCUGGCGCUGGUGGCCGUGCUGCUGCUCGCGGCCGGCCACCUCGCCUCCCGCCGCUACCGAGGCAAUGAUUCAUGUGAAUACCUUCUCUCAAGUGGCAGAUUUCUUGGAGAGAAAGUUUGGCAACCUCACAGUUGUAUGAUGCACAAAUACAAAAUCAGUGAAGCAAAGAACUGCCUUGUUGAUAAACAUAUUGCAUUUAUUGGAGACUCUAGAAUUCGUCAGUUGUUUUAUUCUUUUGUAAAAAUAAUUAAUCCUCAGUUCAAAGAAGAAGGAAAUAAGCAUGAGAACAUUCCUUUUGAAGACAAGGUUUCUUCUGUUAAAGUGGAUUUUCUGUGGCAUCCAGAAGUUAAUGGUUCUAUGAAACAGUGUAUCAAAGUAUGGACUGAGGAUCCCAUUGGAAAGCCCCAUGUGAUUGUAGCAGGAGCUGCCACAUGGUCCAUCAAGAUUCACAAUGGGAGCAAUGAAGCACUUUCACAAUAUAAGAUGAACAUCACCUCCAUUGCACCACUUUUAGAAAAAUUGGCAAAGACUAGUGAUGUUUAUUGGGUCUUACAAGAUCCUGUUUAUGAAGUUCUAUUAAGUGAAAAUAGGAAAAUGAUCACGAAUGAGAAGAUAGAUGCCUACAAUGAAGCUGCAGUCAGUAUUUUGAAUAGUAGCACCAGAAAUUCUAAAUCAAAUGUUAAGAUGUUCAGUGUUUCCAAAUUAAUUGCUCAAGAAACCAUCAUGGACUCUUUGGAUGGCCUACAUCUUCCUGAAUCAAGCAGAGAAACUAGUGCAAUGAUUCUGAUGAACGUGUAUUGCAAUAAGAUUCUGAAGCCUGUAGACGGCUCCUGUUGUCAGCCACGCCCUCCUCUGACUCUCACACAGAAACUGGCUGCUGGUUUCUUCACUGUGUCUAUUAUUGGAUAUUUAAUUUUUUAUAUAAUUCAUCGUAAUGCUCAUCGGAAGAACAAACCAUGUGCUGAUUUGGAAAGUGGAGAGGAAAAGAAAAAUAUUAUCAGUACUCCUGUAUCUACAUUAGAAAUACUUUUACAGUCUCUCUGCAAACUUGGCCUCAUUAUGGCUUAUUUCUAUAUGUGUGACCGUGCAAAUCUGUUUAUGAAGGAAAACAAGUUUUAUACACAUUCCUCUUUCUUUAUUCCAAUUAUCUACAUCUUGGUUUUGGGAGUAUUUUACAAUGAAAAUACUAAAGAGACUAAAGUAUUAAAUAGAGAACAAACAGAUGAAUGGAAAGGCUGGAUGCAACUUGUGAUUUUGAUUUACCACAUCUCAGGAGCAAGUACAUUUUUGCCUGUGUACAUGCACAUUCGAGUUCUGGUUGCUGCCUAUUUAUUUCAGACAGGUUAUGGACAUUUCUCAUACUUUUGGAUCAAAGGAGACUUUGGAAUCCAUAGAGUAUGUCAGGUCUUAUUUCGUCUCAAUUUCCUGGUAGUGGUGUUAUGCAUAGUAAUGGAUCGGCCUUACCAAUUCUAUUACUUUGUCCCCUUGGUCACUGUAUGGUUUAUGGUCAUAUAUGUUACAUUAGCACUAUGGCCACAAAUAAUCCAAAAAAAAGCAAAUGGAAAUUGUUUGUGGCACUUUGGUUUACUAUUGAAACUGGCCUUUUUGCUGUUGUGCAUAUGUUUUUUGGCAUAUUCUCAGGGUGCAUUUGAGAAGAUAUUUUCUCUCUGGCCGUUGUCCAAGUGCUUUGAGCUGCAAGGGAAUGUGUAUGAGUGGUGGUUCAGAUGGAGGUUAGACCGUUACGUUGUCUUCCAUGGAAUGCUGUUUGCUUUUAUUUAUCUGGCUUUGCAGAAGCGUCAGGUCCUUUCUGAAGGAAAGGGUGAACCUCUUUUUUCCAACAAAAUUUCAAAUUUUCUGUUGUUUAUUUCAGUAGUUUCUUUCUUGACCUAUUCCAUCUGGGCCAGCAGUUGUAAAAACAAAGCAGAGUGCAAUGAACUCCACCCAUCUGUUUCUGUGGUCCAGAUUUUAGCCUUCAUCCUUAUAAGGAAUAUUCCUGGCUAUGCCCGUUCAGUUUACAGUUCAUUUUUUGCCUGGUUUGGGAAAAUUUCAUUAGAGCUGUUUAUUUGCCAGUAUCACAUAUGGCUGGCUGCAGACACGAGGGGUAUCUUGGUACUCAUACCUGGAAACCCUAUGCUCAACAUCAUUGUCAGCACUUUCAUAUUUGUCUGUGUGGCACAUGAAAUUUCUCAGAUUACUAAUGAUCUUGCACAGAUCGUUAUUCCAAAAGAUAAUGCAUCCCUCUUGAAAAGGUUGGCAGGUAUAGCUGCGUUUUUUUGCGGACUUCUCAUCUUAUCAUCCAUUCAAGAUAAAUCAAGACAUUAAAUUCAUAAAAUCCUAAAAAACAAACUCUUCGGCUUACAUUGUGUCCACGUAGAGGAGAAGAGCAUCUGUCUGGAGAUGUAAAUAUGAACGUGAGGCAAGAGGAAGUUUGGUGACAUUGUUGAAUAUGUGUGGUUGUAAAUAUAUAUUGGACAUGUACAUAUUCAUGUGAAAUACUAAAAAUGAAAAAAAGAAAACAAACAAAAAAAGAACCACAGAGGUUCAUAAAGGAUUGCAUGUGAAAAAUCUUUUCUACUGGAUCAAUAUUGCCAUUUGUAAAUGAUUUUAAGUUCACAUAUGAAGGCAGGGAAAUGAUUACCUUUCCAGUGAAAAGUGUAGAUAAUUAGCUUAGCCAACAGUGCUGGGUGUUGUGAUAUUUACUAAAUGUGUGGUAAUGAGACUGUCUUCCUCCGUAUUCCUCAUGGGACCUCCUACUUCACCGAAAUGUUCUUAGUCAAGAAUGACUGCAGUAUUGUUUGCUUGUCACAUGUGCAAUGGUGUGGAAUGCUGAACAGUAGGCCUUUAUUAAUGUGCGUUCAUGUGCCGAUGUUCUGUGUUCCCUGACAUGGUGUGUCUUCCUCGCUCUGGCUUUCAGGUUUGCAAGCCUGAUUCCUUGUACGUGUUGUCUCACAGAGUUCCUCUAAGGCUCCACAACAGGGUUUUGUCAUUGUUGAUGUUGUCAUUGCUUCUUUGUAUAAAAAGCCAAAUUUUCUUUCCAAUCAAACAUGUACUUUUCUUCCUUUCCUUAAGCUAUACCAGUGUAAUAGCAGAUACCCUGUGGAUCCAUUUUAUGUGCUUCCCCCCUCUAAUUAAUUUUGUAUAUUAUUUCCAAUGUUUGGAAAGCUCUUUAUAGCCAUUUUGGUAUUUCUUAUUACUCCUCCUCCUAUUUAAAAAGAAAAAUAUUUAUGAACCUAAACUUGUUCAGUGUACUAAAGAUUCACAUUGUUAUGAUUGAGUUGUAUGACCAUAAUAGAAUUUAAGUAAACCGGUGACUUUGGGCAAUAAAUGUUUUUGUUUUGUUUUGUUUUUAUAAGCCGUUAGAGGUAUACUUUUAUUUAUCUGUUGUACAGAUUUGAUUAUAAUUUUUAAUGUUUGAAAGAUUGCACUUGCUUUUCUAUGUGUGGGGUAAAAUAUUUUCUGUUCACAGUAUGUGAAAAUAUGGAGUAAUUUAAGCGGUAAAUAAAUGUUCUGUGAAUGCUUAUUUUUUGUAUUGGCAAAGUGUCAAUUAAACCUUUUUUUUUUUUUAAUAA